AGUUCACCGCACCGCUCGUUUCUUCAUGACACGGCCGCUUGGAUUUUUGGAAACACCGGCUUGAAGCAUCAUUUUGCUACACGCGAAUCAAUUUUACAAGUUUCGUUACUAGACUGAACGUAGGUCAUAAGUUAUUCGUAGGUCAUGGCUGAUAACGAAGAUCUAGGAUUAGGCGCCGAAGACCAGUUGGAUUCGCUGGACGAUAAAAAUGGUAUCAUUGACGAAUCGAUGCUGAACGACACAGACGUCGAUGGCGGCGGCGGCGAUGACCCAGAACUGGAGGCAAUAAAGGCCAGAAUGCAGGAGAUGGAAGAAGAGGCAGAGAAGUUGAAGCAGUUGCAGACUGAUUUGGAUAAACAAAUGAACAUGGGUAGUCCACCUGGUCUCACUAGUCCUUUAAAUAUGUCUAUUGAAGAGAAGGUAGAAGUUGAUAAUAGAAGUAUUUAUGUGGGCAAUGUGGACUAUGGGGCUACUGCAGAGGAACUUGAGCAACACUUUCAUGGCUGUGGAUCAAUCAACAGGGUUACAAUCUUGUGUAACAAGUUUGACGGUCAUCCAAAAGGGUUUGCAUAUAUUGAGUUUGGAGAUAGGGAUGCUGUGCAAACAGCCAUGGCUUUGGAUGAGUCAUUAUUUAGAGGCAGACAAAUUAAGGUAAUGUUAAAAAGAACAAAUCGUCCCGGCAUGUCAUCGACGAAUCGCCCGCCGCGUGGGCGUGGAUCAUUCCGUGGAGCUCGAGGAACGACGCGUGGCUUUUACGGCAGUUUUCGACCUUUACGAAGGCCAAGUUAUUCGAAAUUCUAGAAGCUACGCCCGCCGAGGUGGCUACUACGCACCAUAUUAACACUCGUACGCGGUUCUAUUCCAAUCCGAGGAGCCCUUCAUCACACCCACGCCGACAGCAUUCCAGUGCAGGUUUUUAUGCCUUUCACUGUUUAUUUCUUAUACAGAUCAUUUCUAAACAAAAAACAAACAAGUUCGAACGUACACGCUUUGAUCAGAGAGAAAAAAAGAAAGAAAAAAGGAUCUGCUCGAAAAAAACAUACCAACUAGAAGCAGCGCUGCGUUAGACAUAGACAUAAGCACUAAAAAAAAAAGAAAAAGAUUAUUGACAGAAAAAAAAAACACAACAAAAACGCAGUUAAUAACUAAGACAAAAAUUAAGGUUAGAAUUCGGUUGGAUGUGAUUGAGGGAUAGGAAUUGUAUGUGCGUGUUUGCGUGAGUGGAGUAAUGAAUGAGUGUGAAUUUCAUAUUUACAACAGUAAUCGAGAUGAGUUAAGAGCUUAAAUCUAUUGUAUAAUGGAGAUGAUAUUAUUUCGGUUCAUUUACAGAACUACAUGCGAACGCACUGCGCGAAAGCUGUGUUCGAUGAUGUGUGUUGAACAUUAUGCCACUACAUUAUUAAUUGUUCAUAAGCUUGCAGGUACAUCGUCUCCCACUACUAGUAGAUGGGUUCUGCUAUCGUUAUUUUUUAUUUCAUGUUUUUAUUUUUAUUUGCAUUACGUUACCUCCUCUUUAUUAUAUUAUACAGCUUAAAAAACGAAAAUCUAAAAAAAAGUACUGGUAAUUGUAUAAAAAAGAAAGAGACAAAAAAAAAACGUAAAAUAGUGCAGUUACAUUAAGUUACUUUGCAAAAAAAGAAGGGAAAAAACUUUGUAAAAAUAAGCAAAAGAGGUUUAGUUACAAAAUUUUGAUGUCUUAUACAUGCGUAAAAUAUUCAACACAAAAAAUACAAUUUCAAACAAAAAAGAUCUUAACUGCGGUAUAAAAGUA